UCUUGGGGGAAUCGUCAUUCAUUAUCGUUCAAUUCAGUCGUUUUGUGAAACAAUAUGGUUUUCCAAUCAAUUUGCUGCGCGUGGUUCGUUCGUUGUCACAUUGCAAAGUUUCUCGUGUAAUACUACUUUUUCCAUGCGUAAUAACUCCUGGUAACUACCAACAUUGGCACAGCUUGAGCUGCAGAAGUGAAUACGUGGUAUUAUAAUACUAAAAGUUGAAGUUCAGAAGCUACGAAAGAGUCUUUGUGACUACACAUAAUAGAUUCUUGUCUUCAAUAAUGAUUAACAUUUUACUUUGUUGCAGUCCGUCUUCCGCGAUAUGUAACAGCAAGACUCCCGCAGCAGCGAAAGGCAUUAUAUAAGUGAAGUGUAAAUGUGCGAGCACUGCGGUUGAUCCGCUCUACACCAAACUUGAACAUAACACCAGCAGCUGCCCAUAAACGAAAAAAGAAAAAAAACUAGCGUACGUUGUGCGACAGAAGAGCGUUUUUGUUCCGGGGCAGGCGCAGCAGGGAGGCGCUGUGUUUACUAACCUAUUUACAUUACGACAUUAAAGGUCGACAGCACAUACUAUCGUUGUCGUACAAGCUUUAUCGAGGUCAGCUAGUCCGCGCUAGUAGCGGACGUCAGCACACCCGGCCGCAAACAUGUUGAAUCUUGUGGAAGCGUUGGCGAAUCUCACCGGGGCUUCCGCGCCCGCUAUACGAUUGAUACUUUCUGUUCUCAUUGCCUAUCCGCUGGGAGCGUUCUACCGGAAUCUGAAGGCUGCUCCCCUUGUUAAGAAUCUCUUCAUCGCCAGCACCGGUUUAGCAAUAGUCGUGUUCAACUAUGGUUUUGAUUUGUAUCACAGCGCCCUUGCGGUCGCGGUGACUUAUCUGCUGAACGUCUUCUUCGCCACCUCUAGUCUGUUGGUCCCGUUAAGCUUCUGUUAUCACAUGGGUUAUCUCCUCGUUGGUUACUAUUUCACCACGUCCGAUACGUAUGAUAUUAAGUGGACGAUGCCGCACUGUGUGCUCGUUUUACGUCUGAUCGGCUUAGCGUUCGACAUUUCCGAUAGCCAUGAGAAGGAACGGCAGGGCAAGAAGGACGACCGGUGCAUCGAUCCGCCGUCGCUGCUGGAAUUGGUAGCGUUCACGUACUUUCCUGCCUCGGUUCUUGUUGGACCGCAAUUCUCGAUGCUACGAUAUCGCCGUUUCAUCGAUGGUCUGUACGAGCAGCACACCACUGGGGCACCGGCUUACUCUGCCAAGAAGUUCCUCCAGGGAACGUUCUAUCUAAUCGUCAACCAGGUCGGCUCGCAGCUCGUGUCGGAUACGUACCUGCUGUCGGCGGAUUUCGAGCAGGAAUCGCUCCUGAUGAAGCACAUCUACCUGGGACUGUGGGGACGGUGUGCGCUGUACAAGUACAUUUCUAUUUGGCUGCUCGCCGAAGGAGCCGCUGUGUUGUUCGGGCUAACCUACAUCGAUGCCAAACCGGGCGAGCGGGAGUACGACUCGGAUCAGCUGUCCGGCUGUACCAACAUCAAAGUGGGUGUUUUCGAGAACACCAGCAAAUUUGGCCACUAUGUGGAAUCGUUCAACGUUCAAACGAACCACUGGACCGCCGUGUAUGUGUACAAACGGCUGAAGUUCCUGAACAAUCGCGUACUGAGCCACUUCGGUGCGCUGCUCUUCCUAGCAGUUUGGCACGGUUUCCAUAGUGGCUACUAUGUGACCUUCUUCAUGGAGUUUUCGGUGAUACGAAUGGAAAAGGAGAUCGAACCCAUCCUGCAGAAGAACGACUACGUUCAGGUUCUGCUGCAGCAGCCGUUGGUUAAGGUGGCGGUCUUUGUACUGCUUAAAUUCUACACCAUGGUCUUCGCUGGUUGGUGUUUGGUUCCGUUCGUUUUCCUGAGCUUCUCCAAGUGGUGGCACAUUUAUUGCGCCGUUCGCCACACCGGCUCCUUGCUGUUUUUGCUGGGUAAUUUGGCCGCCAAACCCUUAUUGUUGGCCGUUUUACCACCCAACAAGCCUUCCGGGGCAUCCUCGGAGUCGAAGAAAACUGAGUAAAGUUGCAGUGACUACUGCAUCAGGUAUGUGUUUACUAAUAACGUAAAGUUUGAGUACCGACGAGUCAAUUUGGUAGAACGAUUUACAAAAGACACGCUUCAAUCCAUCCAAAUCGUUGAAUAAUUCUCAUUCGUCAUCGAUGGUACUGAAUAUGGACUACUAGUUUGUUAACUUUUGAGUGAAAGCUGUGUGUUUUUCCAUACAGAGUGUUUAGUCGUAAGUCCAGUUAGGGUUUCCAGAGUGCACUCAUUUUACUACCUCCCAUCUUUGUCUAAGCUAGCAGCUCUCCAAGUUAAAUAAACUACUUGCGCGCACAUGAAUAUUUCUGGUGCAAGCCGAAACAUGUAACCAAACAGUCCUGUACGAAUCUUUCCAAAAACAAAGUAAAAUGCAAUUUUAUCCUUAAUUAAAUUUAAAACCCAUAAACCGAGCUAGUCCAAUCCCGCGAACGGACAGACAGAUCGAGAGCUCCGUAAAUUAACCGAUACGUUUCCUUAGAGAGUACGAUUUAGAGUAAUUAUAAUUAGCCGAAGGGUUCCUUAGAAAGACAAAAUGAAUCUUUCAUUUCUAGACAGUUACAACAGUAGCUAGCGGUAGGCAGUUUGUAGUUUGGAAUUCGGAUCUCAUUGCACGUAUAAAUGAUAGCCGUUUUCUGCAAAAAAAAUAUUAUAAAGUUUGGCCUCCGUUGGCCGCCGAAUCUUAUCUAGUAACUGCUAGUAUCGAUUAAUAAGUCUCUCCUCCCUAACUAACCGAAAUAAAGUAUUUUUCUACCAAACUAAAGCGCGAAUAUUAGAAGAAAAAACGGGAUCCGAUGAUGGUGGAUCGAGUGAAAAACUAAUUGGCAGCUUGAAACUAUUAUAGCGUGUGUAGAGUUCAGUUUUCACCUCUGUAAAUGAUUGCAUGCAAACACAGAUGCAAACCUCUCUGAAACAGUAAAUAAACAGUGCUAGUCAGUUUAGGAGUUAAAAGGCAA